UUUACAACACUUCUCUACCUUGAAGAAGUUCAAAUGAGUGUUGACAUCCGGACAUAUGACAUGAUUGACGUCUUGGUGCAACAAUGUGGCUCUGGACUGUUUGCCUUAGAGGUACCUGGUGCAACAGAAGGACGCCCCUCAGUUAUUAAAGGAAACAGGUUGUUUAUUCGUUGCUCUUCAAGGAUAACCUUGCUUCAUACUGCUUCAGUGACCGAGUAUGAAGCAAUUGUCCACAAAACAGAUGGCAUGCACAUUACGGUCAGGGUCAGUGAAAAGUUCCAGCUCGUUUACGUCAAAGGAAUGAAGUUUGACAUCCGCUUUACAUUCAAUCGAAUACCGUUAAUGCGGAUGCAUCAGUCUCUUGAUACAUGCAAGAAACGAAGCCUCUGGAGUUUCAUUUUUCCCAGCAGCUCUUUACCAUCAAAACCUGCACUGGAACUGUCUGAUCUGAGGUUUUUCAACAAGAAGGUACAAGAGAAUCGAGAGCAGUCCAAAGCUGUCCGUGAUAUGUUGUUAGGUUUGCAUCGCCCUUAUCCGUACCUUCUGUUCGGUCCUCCUGGUACAGGGAAGACAGUCACUCUAGUAGAAGCAAUUAAACAGUGCAAGUGAUUUGUUAGCUGAGCGGCUUUUGGAUCACGUGAUGCCAUCACAAAUGCUUCGAUUGUACUCUUCUUCUGUCCACCCUGAGAAAAUUUCGAAGAAACUAAAGAAGUGCUGCAAUUUUUUGGACGGUGAAAGUGAACGUCAUUACACUGCUUCAGAGUUGAAAAAGUACAGGAUCAUUGUGGUCACUCUGGUCACUUCGUCAAAGUUGGUCUCGGCAGGCUUGCCUGUCAACCAUUUCACCCAUGUGAUUGUGGAUGAGGCUGGCCAUGCUUUGGAGCCCGAGUGUGACAUCCCUCUGAUGGGUCUGCUGGAUGCUUGGAAGCCUGACAAGAGUGGUACAGGGGGACACAUUAUUCUGUCCGGGGACCCUAUGCAACUGGGUCCAGUCAUCCGAAAUCAUCUCUGCUUAUCUUACAACCUGGGUGUGUCCCUACUGGAGCGACUUAUUAAAUUGCCUUCAUACCAGCAGAAUGAUGAGCACAAUGCACACAUGGUCACGAAACUGCUCAGAAACUUUCGAAGCCAUGCAGACAUCUUAAAAGUUCCAAAUGAGAUGUUUUACAAUACUGAACUGAAGGUGUUUGCAGAUGAGAUGAUUACCCAAAGCAUGUUGACAUGGGAAGGACUGCCCACAAAGGGUGUGCCACUUCUUUUUCAUGGUGUUUGUGGAAAAGACAUGAGGGAGUGUAACAACCCUCAUAUUUCAACCCUGAUGAGGUCAGGAUUGUGGUGGACUAUGUGAUUUCCCUGCUGGAUGGUAAAAAUGGAGUGCGAACCAAGGUUCGCGAGUCUGACAUUGGAAUUGUUUCUCCCUACCGCAA